AUGAUCCUCGACGAAAACGAGCAGAGCAAUCGGACGAACGAGCAGCCCGAGACGCCAUGGGCACAGAUCGUCCGCAAGAGCACCGACGGUCCCCGCGCCACGCCCGGGCUCGCCACGCGCAUGUUUGGUGUGGCGCUCGAGACACCGGUGGUGCAGCGGGCAGGCGCGAGCGAGGCGCCGACGCCUCUCCCUGCGACACCGCUGGCAGCGGAGCAGCCUGCACCUCCUCCACCGCCCGCCGCCGCCGGCUGCCCGCCCGCCGCCCUCCCCUCCCGCCGGGUGGCGAGGGAGGGGCAGCAGCCGAGGCGGCGAGCAGGGCAGCAGCAGUUGCCUCCGCCUCCGCCUCCGGCCUCGGUCCAGCUCCACUUUGCCGCGCAUCCCUUCCCGCCGCUGCGGCAAGAGGCGGUUCGGCUGCUGGACACCGCCCUCUUCGCCGCCGUCCGCGGCGAGCUCACCACGCAAGAGGCGUCCACCCACGCUACAGCCGCCGUGGCGUCGGUCCACCCAGCAGCCGCCGUCUUCUGCUACGGCUCUCGCGCCACCGGCCUCGCCUCCGCCGCCUCGGACGUCGACUUGGUGGUCGUCGGUCUGCCUGUCUCCGCCGGGUCUGCGGCACCGUCCGUCGAGGGCCAGGUCGAGGCGCUGCAGUCACUGCAGCCGCGCCUCGAGGCGAUCGGUCUCGCUGCGACCCUGCAGCGCUGCGCCGUCCCCGUCCUCAACAUCGAGGUCGUGCUGCUCAAGGAGCUGCUGCGGCGGCACGGCCUCAAGGCGACGUACACGGGCGGGCUCUCCUCGUAUGCCCUCACCCUCAUGGCCGCUUCCUUCCUCCUCCUCGCGCCGCGCCUCCGCUCCGAGCGGCAGCAGCAGCAGCAGCAGCAGCAGCAGCAGCAGCAGCAGCAGCAGCAGCAGCAGCAGCAGCAGCAGCAGCAGCAGCAGCAGCAGCUGGUGCUCGAGUGCCUCCACUUCUUCGGCUGCGUGUACGACCCGGAGUCACACGCGCUCGGCUGGUCGACCGCAAAGGGCGGCCGGCCGGUCGCGGUGUUGGUGCUCGACCCGCUCGAUGACGCGAACAACGCGGGCAAGGGCUGCUACCGCUUCUGCCAGGUGCAGGCGCUCUUCCGUGCGGCGCUCGCCGCCGCCGCCUCCGCCGCUGGCGACGCGGCCGACCGCGCGGUGGCGAGCGGCCAGGCGGGCUGCGCGCCGUCGGCGGAGUGGAAUCGGCGAGAGUGGGCGAUUGAGGGUUGA